CAAAGCAUUUAAACUGUUGGAACAGUGCUGACCUUUAGGGCAGUCUUCUUUGAUUUAAUUUAUUUAUUUAUUUAAUUGGCCAGAUGGCUGCACCUUACAAGGUGAUUGUAAGUAAAGUAACCUGUUAUAAUAGUGUUGUAUUGGACAAAAGGCUUGAGAAUGUAAUUCACUAUUGCCAUGGAAAUUGUCAAGUUCAUCAACUUGGAGUUCAGUGCAAAGUUGCACACCACAGUGUAUGCUCAGAGCUUGUUAAAGCUCCAGGGGGUUUCCCUAGUCAUACCAGGGAUGUUACUCAUAAAAUAAUAGGUGGAGAGGGGGUAGUUGGUGGUGAGGAGUGUUCUCAUCUCAACUCUAGAAACAAGAAAGCCUCUGCCAUCCAAAGUACUGGAAGUCUCAAGGAUAUUACUGGUGAAGCCAUAAACUUAGCAAGUGGAAAAGCAAAAGAGUUCUCUUUUGAGAAAUUAAGGAAUGCAUCAAAUCAGCAUGUUAAUCUCAGGAAAGGCCGAAAAGUCCGUCCUGAUUCUUUUAACAGGAAAUCAACUGACUACGACUUUAUCUAUGGUCAAUUUGGUAACAAUGAAAAUUGUCCUCCAAAUGAUUUAUCUCAUGGUCAAGGGGUGGAGGAGAAAGCAGUGGUCUCCAACAAUGUAUCAUUGGAACAGAACCUUAAUAACAUGGCUGCUUUGUAUCUGCAAGGCCUCGCAGAUGAAAACCUUAUUAACCAAAUUCUGAAAAAACACAACCUUGACGGCGCAGGUUCUGGAGAAGACAUAAAAAUGUGUUUGGAUAUUCUCUUGAAGUGUUCUGAGGACUUAAAAAAGUGCACAAACAUUAUUAAGCAGUGUAUUAGAAAUAGGUCUAUUGGAAGCAACAACACUAGUGAGGGGAAAGGGGAGGAUCAUUUUCCUAACCCAGAGAUUAUUUACAUGAAUGUUAUGGCUAGACUCUCCUCUUACUUGAAAAAAAUUCCUUUUGAGUUGGAACAUGGUCCACAUGGACGCAGUGAGCCUAGCGAUCUGGCUGAACUUGUAAGUAGUAUCCGCAGUUUACAGCAGCAACCUUUCUCUCCUAUUUAUGGCCAUGAACAGCCCCCUAAGUAUGAAGAUGUGGUCCAAAUGCCACCUUCAGUGAAAACCAUUUCUUCUAAAGCCACAGAUUAUCAUAGAGAAAUUACUCCACAAAGUUCCAUUAUUAAUGAUGGCAGCACAGAGAAAAGUGUCUCACCAGUUGCUCCACCAUUACCUGCUAAGACCUGGCAAAGAGGCACGAAUCAGAAUAAAGGAAGCAGUAUGAAAAACAAUUCUGCACCUUCUCAUCAAAGGUCUCAUGCAGAAAAUCAGGUAUUCUCCAAUACUGGUGAGAGGCUGCCAAGGAAUUCAGUGGAAAAACUUUACAUUGAAGAGGAUUCAGACUUGGAAAGAUCUCUAAACCCCCCAAAAUGCACAUCAGGUUUAUCUGUUUCCGAUUCAUUUGAACAGAGAACCAGUCGAAAGUCCGUUCAAUCCCACAGACCUGUAGACACUUCUAUGACAUUAACGAACAAUACAUCUUUUAACAGUAAUGGAACCUACAACAGUGGCUCACAUUCUUAUAAUAGGCAUGAAAGUAAUGUAAGCAAGAGUUCUGACCAUGAAGAAAUAGACAAAUUGCUGUUGGAUUUGGAGAGGUUUUCUAAAAAAAUUGAAAACACAUUAAACAACCCUCCAAGCACAACCCCUUCUAAAGCACAAUCUGGAUUUCCUGUUUUCCCUAAGGAACCCAAUUCACAGUUGCCUUUAGUGUCAUGUACAAAAGCCAGUGAACAAAAGUUAGAAGAUGAUGACGGGAAUCUUCUAUUGCGUAUAUUGGGAAGCAUUGAAGACUUUGCUCAGGAACUUGUUGAUUGCCGUUCAGGUAAAGGAACUCUGUCCAAACAAAAAGAAGUAAUGAAAAUCCUUCAGGAGACCAUGGUUACUUCACCUUCCUCUCCUAGUAGUCCGCUCCAGAACCAAAGCAUGGACCUUGCUCCAAGAUUAUCAAUUCAACAGACUCCAGAAAUCAUUAAGGUA